CCGGAGCCUCUCGAUUAGAGGCCUCUGUCCAGGGGCUUCUCCCAAGCUUGUUUUGGUCUCGGCAGAAUGUUAUGGGAAAGAGAUAAAGGGGGCACGAGCUGUGCCCGCUUUCUCCGAAACUCGCUGGAGGCCAUGGGGCAGUGGCUGCAGGUUGCAGACCUUGUCUGUCCUGACUCUGCCGCUAGAAGUCUCUGCGGUUAGAUUGCUGAGUAACUGCAGCUGUAGGUUAACCACUCCAAGUGCAGGAUUUCUAGGCUGCUUUAGGCCGCGGAAAAUAGGGCAGCGGCCUCGAGCCUGGCAGUCCGGUGGCCUUCUCAGCUUUUAGACUGGGAACCCCCACCCCUAGUUGGUCUGGAAGCCAAGGGCUUUGCUCCGGCAGGUGGAACAUCCUCCCUUUCUGUUUCUUGGGCAGCUGCCGAGGUCUGAGAGGUCAGAGGGUCCCGAACUGGUUUAGGCUGCAACACCCAGUGCCUCUGAGUCCUAACCCCGCAGGUGCGGUCCCUACCUACCAUGCCACCCAGGGCUGGGGGAGACUCGGGGGACCCCAGCCCGGAGCAGCAUGGUAGACAAGAGAACCCCAGCAACCCACGUUCGUCAGCGGCUGCUGGGGAGAGCUAGGCUCUUAGCCGCCUUGCGGUCUCGGAGUGCAGCGGAUCCCGAAUCACUAUCUCUUCUGCCGUUUCUUCUUCACCUGGAUUUCUUUCCAUCUUAGAUAUUAGGGAUGUAGAGGGAAAAUAUGGUUCCAAAUACCAGAAGACAGAAAACAUAAAGGGAAGGAAGAACUCCCGAUUAAAACAAAAUGAAAAAAAAAACAGGGAAAGAGGACAUCGUACAAUUACAAUUAAAAUUAGAUACAAGGGGAGAGGCAGGCAGCGAAAGUGAAAAAGGGGUGCGUUUGACUAAGUCCUUCUUUAUACUGAAGGCUCGGCUGAGCGUAGUCAAGAGGACCCCGACCCUCCAAAAUCAUCUGUCUUCAAGCCCUUGUGAUACCCAAGCAGCACCUAGCCUGCAGCGCAGGCGGGUUCCUAGUCGGCAACAGUGCUGUCCCUGGCCCGGUCCUUUCUCUCCCCAUCUCCCUACUUUCAUCCCUGCUGACAUUAUUUCCCCUUUGUCGUUUGUUUUCUUCGUGUCUAUUCUCUCCUGGCUUCUCUACUCUUCCCGCACUUUCUCCUUUGCAGCGCGCUAGUCUGAGAGGCAGGUUCUUCCCUAGGCCAGCUUCUCGGUUCUUACAGCUAGCGGGGGUCCGAUAUCUAAUCCUCCUCUUUCCUGCACGCCCACCAAGUCACCUUUCUCCCCGUAUCCCGGGAUAUGCCCCUUAGCCCUGCUUGCUCCCUUCGCACGUGGCUGGCCUCGGACCCUGACUAAUGGCCGGUCCCUGCUGUGUGUGGGGUGUUGUGUUUUUUUCUUGUCUCUCCCCAGCAGGGCACGGGGGUGUGAACCAGCUCGGGGGGGUGUUUGUGAACGGCCGGCCCCUACCCGACGUGGUGAGGCAGCGCAUCGUGGAGCUGGCCCACCAGGGUGUGCGGCCCUGUGACAUCUCCCGGCAGCUGCGGGUCAGCCAUGGCUGUGUCAGCAAAAUCCUGGGCAGGUACUACGAGACCGGCAGCAUCAAGCCUGGAGUGAUUGGCGGUUCCAAGCCCAAGGUGGCAACGCCCAAAGUGGUGGACAAGAUUGCUGAAUACAAGCGGCAGAACCCGACUAUGUUCGCCUGGGAGAUCCGUGACCGGCUGCUAGCUGAGGGCAUCUGCGACAAUGACACAGUGCCCAGCGUCUCAUCCAUCAACAGGAUCAUUCGGACCAAAGUUCAGCAGCCUUUCCACCCAACACCGGAUGGCGCAGGGACAGGAGUGACUGCCCCUGGCCACACCAUCGUUCCCAGCACGGCCUCCCCUCCCGUUUCCAGCGCCUCUAAUGACCCAGUGGGAUCCUACUCCAUCAAUGGGAUCCUGGGGAUUCCUCGCUCCAAUGGUGAGAAGAGGAAACGUGAUGAAGAUGUGUCCGAGGGCUCUGUCCCUAAUGGAGACUCCCAGAGCGGUGUGGACAGUUUGCGGAAGCACCUGCGAGCCGACACCUUCACCCAGCAGCAGCUGGAAGCUUUGGAUCGGGUCUUUGAACGACCUUCCUAUCCAGAUGUCUUCCAGGCAUCAGAGCACAUCAAAUCAGAACAGGGGAAUGAGUACUCUCUCCCGGCCCUGACCCCUGGGCUUGAUGAAGUCAAGUCAGGUCUCUCUGCAUCCGCCAACCCCGAGCUGGGCAGCAAUGUGUCAGGCACACAGACAUACCCCGUCGUGACCGGUCGUGAUAUGGCGAGCACCACUCUACCUGGUUACCCCCCUCAUGUGCCCCCCACUGGCCAGGGGAGCUAUCCUACCUCCACCCUGGCAGGAAUGGUGCCUGGGAGCGAGUUCUCAGGCAACCCCUACAGCCAUCCCCAGUACACCGCCUACAACGAGGCUUGGAGAUUCAGCAACCCUGCCUUACUAAGUUCCCCUUAUUAUUAUAGUGCCGCCCCCCGGGGCUCCGCCCCUGCCGCUGCUGCCGCUGCCUAUGACCGCCACUAGUUACCGCGGGGACCACAUCAAGCUUCAGGCAGACAGCUUCGGCCUCCACAUCGUCCCAGUCUGACCGCCCACCCCAGAGGGAGGGAGGACCGAAGCUACGAGCUGCCACUCGGCCACCGUCCCAGUCCCACCCCUCCACCUCGAGACACCCUCUCCCCCUCCCCCGCAGUCCUUCACACCACCCUGUCGAUGGCCUGACAGCACCGGUGGAGCGGCGGGUGGGACCCUCAGGCCCCGGCUCAUCGCCAGCCCCGCCCGCCACCCCUCCCUGCCUGCCUGGACCACCGCGCCGCCCGGAAGGUCUCCCGCCUCUGGCCCGCGCGUCCAGCAAGUUUCUGUGACACACAAUCAGCGUGGCCCACCCGGGGGCAGCCCGCUUCUGACGCCCGGGCGCCGGGAGGCUUCGCUGCAGAAGCUGAGCUAGGGAAACUAAGGAAAGGACUUUGUGCUAAAGGAGGAGCCGUGGUCGGAACCCCUGGGGAAACUCCUGCCCCGCCCCACCCCCUGUGCCUGCCAGGCUGACCCCGCCUUCUGUCUGCGUCCAGCCGCUGACAGUGGUACCCGGACGCGAGGAUCGGACACGAGGGACAGCGUUAGGGACGUCAGAGUUUACCAAGGCUGGUACCCAAGGCGAGCAGACGCCAACUGAGCUCGUCCACCCGGACUGCCUAGUUCCCCAGGGCGUGGGAUCUCCUGCAGUGACUCUACUCUCGCCCCGCCUUGCCCCUACCUCAGAGCCUCUUCCAUCUGCUGGCCUCUGACUUUCCCCUCCUGCGCGUUUUCAUCCCAGGACACCUUGCACGCAGCCCCAUCGGGGCCACCGCGGGAAUAGUUUCCUCCGACUGCGGCUGCCAGCACUGGUCUUCCCCAGCAGUAACUUGCUGCCCCCCACCCCAAACUCCCAACCUGCGGGCGGUAGGAGCCAGGAGGGAACUGACGACCGAGCUGCCCGGGAGAUGGAAACCGUGGGCUGCUUGUCCCACUACAUCCACCCUCAGCCGAACAGAGCCCCUAAAGUCUACACUUAUUUAAUAUGAUGGUCUUUGCAUAAACGAACAAAACAAAAACCCAAAAGGCUGCUUUGUAGAAGGUGUGUGUGGUGUGGAGGCGAACCUCUCUCUGUACAUAGCCCCUCCCUCUCAGCCCCGCCCACCCGCCGGGUACCGUAGAGUCCUUGUCCCCUGCCCGCCCUGCCUGUAGAUACACCUGCUGUCCGUGCUGUGAGGGUCGCCGCUCGCUGGGGGGAGGGGGGACACAGCUACAUGCCCACUCAAGCACAGCACGUCCUGGGGGAGGGGGCAUUUUUUUACUUUACAAAAAAAAAUUAUGAAAGAAAUCUCUAUGCAAAAUGACGAACAUGGUCCGGUGGACACCUCUCGCCUCUGUUUUGUUGGCUGUUUCUCUGUAAUUCCGUGUUUUCCGCUCUCACCUCCCUGCAUCUCUCCCUCUUCAUCUCCCCUUUCUCUGCUGCUCUCCCCUUCUGUGUCUCUUUCUCUGCCUCACUUGUCUCUGUCUCGGCCCCGGCCCUCCUGCCCCAGGCCUCCAAGGCUACAUUAAAAGUGGCAGAGCCAGCCUCCGGGCUAGCCCCUUGUGGCCUUGCCAACGUGCUCUGGCCAGGCCGCCCUGUCCCUCCCCGCCCUGUAGUUGCUCUCUCUCGGUAGCGGCGAUGCUCCCUGCAUGUCUCCUCAACCGUGGAUCGUGACGACUCGAAAUAACAGAAACAAAGUCAAUAAAAGUGAAAAAAAUAAAUAAGUAAAUAAAUAAAAAUCCUUGAACAAAUCCGAAAAGGCUUGGAGUCCUAGCCCAGAUCUCUCUUCCCUUCGAGCCUUUUUAUUUGAAAAGGAAAGUGAGAAAAGAGAACAGUUUAAGGGCACUGCCGGCGCCUGGUGCGGGGCCCAGUAGCGGAGCCCUAGGUCCCAGCUCCCAGCUUCGAGGCCAGGCUUGAUCCCAGUCUUGUGUCUGGCUGGCGGCCGCUCAAGGAGCGCGGGAUCCAGGAUCAGGCCUAGCUUUCGAAAGGUCUUCCACAGUUCUGGUCUCCUCCGCCACUUUCAACGUGUCGGUUCGUUUUAAUUAUUUUUGUUUUCUUUCUUCCUUCCUUUCUUCCUUUUUUUGUGCACAUGAUAAAUAAUAAUAAUAAAUAAUAAUAAUAAAAUUUUGUAUGUCACUCC